ACAUCAGUUAUAUUUUUCCAGGGGAGGGUUGAAUCCGCAAACAUAGGUUUAUGAGCACGGAUGCAUCAUUUGCAGUAUUGAGUCUUUGACCUUUUUUUGUGGGAUAUAUGUGUUGAAUCGCUCUAAACAAGAAGUUGCGAAGUCCGAAAGCGCUUUUUGUGUCAGGAUGACAGACAAAGGAUUUUCACUGCUUCGUCCGAUCUUGUUCUUCACAUCCUUCUGUGUAACGUUGCACCUCGUUAAUGGAGACCUGAGUUAUUCCAUACCAGAAGAAAUGAAACGCGGGUCUGUCAUUGGGAAUGUAGCCAAAGAUCUCGGUCUUGAUCUGAAGACUUUUGUUUCUCGACAGGCCCGUUUGGAUUUUGAGGGAACUCGGAAAAGGUACUGUGACAUCAAUCUGAAUACCGGAGAUUUGAUCACAUCGGAGAGAAUGGACAGAGAAAGCCUUUGUGGCAAGAAACCCUCGUGUGUUGUUAAAGUAGAUCUGGUGUUAGAAAAUCCUCUGGAGCUUCAUCGGCUAAGUAUUCAUGUUCAAGAUGUUAACGACAACUCGCCAAAAUUCAGAGAAAAUUUGUUCGAAGUGGAAAUAUGGGAGUCAGCUGAAAAGGGAAACCGCUUUUCUAUCGAGGAGGCCCAUGACGCAGAUAUUGGUCAAAAUGCUGUUCAAAGGUACAACCUCCAAAAGAAUGACCAUUUCAUUUUAUCAGUGGACAACAACAAGGUUGAACUCGUGCUGGAUAAUAAACUCGAUCGAGAGAAACAGAAGGAGAUCAAUUUGCUCCUCACAGCUUUAGAUGGAGGCUCUCCUCAGAGAUCAGGUACAGUAGUCAUACACGUCACUGUACUGGAUGCUAAUGAUAACGCCCCAGUGUUCAGUCAGGCCGUCUAUAAAGCCAGUCUGCCUGAAAACUCUCCUUUAGACACCAUAGUGAUUAAAGUAAGUGCUACAGACGCAGAUGAAGGAGUUAAUGGAGAUGUGACAUAUGACUUUGGUCACGUGUCUGAUGACGAGGUAAUUGUUUUUUCUAUAGAUCCCAAAACUGGAGAAAUUAAAGUAACUGGUGUGAUUGACUUUGAGGAAAGUAGUUCAUUUGAAAUGAGAGUGCAAGCGAAAGAUGGUUUAGGUCUUAUCUCGUACGCUAAAGUUAUAAUAGAUGUCAGUGAUGUGAAUGACAAUGCUCCAGUGAUAAACCUGAAAUCACUGACUAACCCCAUACCUGAGAACGUGUCACCUGGUACAGAGGUGGGCAUCAUUAACGUGCAGGAUAGAGACUCUGAGACUAACAGACAGGUCCGCUGCUCCAUUCAGCAAAAUGUCCCUUUUAAGUUGGUUCCUUCUAUUAAAAACUAUUAUUCUGUGGUGAGCACAGGACAACUGGACCGUGAACUAGUGUCUGAUUACAACAUUACAAUCACUGCCACUGACGAGGGCUCUCCACCUCUGUCCUCCUCUAAAACUGUUCAGUUAUCUGUAGCAGACAUCAACGACAACCCACCUGUGUUUGAGGAACAGUCGUACAGCGCAUCUGUGAGUGAAAAUAACAAACCUGGCUCCACUUUAUGUUCCGUUAGUGCUAGAGACCCCGACUGGAGACAGAACGGUACAGUGGUUUAUUCUCUGUUAUCCGGUGAGGUGAACGGUGCCCCGGUGUCCUCCUAUGUGUCAGUGAACGGAGACACGGGGGUGAUCCACGCUGUGAGGUCGUUUGAUUAUGAACAGUUCAGGAACUUUAAAGUGCACGUGAUGGCCAGAGACAACGGUUCUCCUCCACUCAGCAGCAACGUGACCGUGAGUGUGUUCAUAUCGGAUGUGAAUGACAACUCUCCUCAGAUACUGUACCCCGCCCCUGAGGGCAACUCCUUCAUGACCGAGCUGGUCCCCAAAGCUGCACACGGAGGCUCUCUGGUGUCCAAAGUGAUAGCGGUGGACGCGGACUCCGGACAGAACGCCUGGCUGUCCUAUCAUAUAGUGAAAUCCACUGAUCCGGGACUUUUCACUAUUGGUGUCCACAGCGGAGAGAUCAGGACCCAGCGGGACAUUUCUGAGUCUGACAGCAUGAAACAGAACCUUAUUGUGGCAGUGAAAGAUAACGGACAGCCCUCUCUGUCUGCCACCUGUUCCAUGUAUUUACUGAUUUCUGAUAACUUGGCUGAGGUGCCAGAACUGAAGGACAUUUCUUAUGAUGAGAAGAACUCCAAACUGACCUCUUAUCUGAUCAUCGCGCUGGUGUGUGUGUCCACCUUUUUUCUGACCUUCAUCAUCAUCAUCAUGGGUGUGAGGUUUUGUCGCAGGAGAAAGCCCAGACUGUUGUUUGACGGAGCAGUCGCCAUCCCCAGCGCUUAUCUUCCUCCUAAUUACGCAGAUGUUGACGGCACAGGGACUUUACGCAGCGCUUACAAUUAUGACGCCUACCUGACGACAGGGUCUCGAACCAGUGACUUUAAGUUUGUGUCAUCUUACAAUGACAACACACUGCCUGCUGACCAGACUCUGAGGAAAAGUCCUACAGACUUUGCUGAUCCUUUUGAAGACCUCGAUUCUUCAUUAGAGUUUCUGUUCUUUGACCUUUUUAUGGGAUAUGUGUUGAAUCGCUCUAAACAAGAAGUUACGAAGUCCGAAAGCGCGUUUUGUGUCAGGAUGACAGACAAAGGAUUUUCACUGCUUCGUCCGAUCUUCUUUUUCACAUCCUGCUUUGUAGCGUUGCACCGUGUUAAUGGAGACCUGAGUUAUUCCAUACCAGAAGAAAUGAAACGCGGGACUGUCAUUGGGAAUGUAGCUAAAGAUCUCGGUCUUGAUCUAAGGAAUUUUGUUUCUCGACAGGCCCGUUUGGAUUUUGAGGGAACUCGGAAAAGGUACUGUGACAUCAAUCUGAAUACCGGAGAUUUGAUCACAUCGGAGAGAAUGGACAGAGAAAGCCUUUGUGGCAAGAAACCCUCGUGUGUUGUUAAAGUAGAUUUGGUGUUAGAAAAUCCUCUGGAGCUUCAUCGUGUUAAUAUUCAUGUUCAAGAUGUUAACGACAACUCCCCAAAAUUCAAAAAGAAUUUGAUUGAGAUGGAAAUACACGAGUUAGCUGAAAAGGGUAACCGCUUUUCUAUCGAGGAGGCCCAUGACGCAGAUAUUGGUCAAAAUGCUGUUCAAAGGUACAACCUCCAAAAGAAUGACCAUUUCAUUUUAUCAGUGGACAACAACAAGGUUGAACUUGUGUUGGAUAAUAAACUUGAUCGAGAGAAACAGAAGGAGAUCAAUUUGCUCCUCACAGCUUUAGAUGGAGGCUCUCCUCAGAGAUCAGGUACAGUAGUCAUACACGUCACUGUGCUGGAUGCUAAUGAUAACGCCCCAGUGUUCAGUCAGGCCGUCUAUAAAGUCAGUCUGCCUGAAAACUCUCCUUUAGAUACCAUAGUGAUUAAAGUAAGUGCUACAGACGCAGAUGAAGGAGUCAAUGGAGAUGUGACAUAUGACUUUGGUCACGUGUCUGAUGACGAGGUAAAUGUUUUUUUUAUUGAUCCAAAAACUGGAGAAAUUAAAGUAACUGGUGUGAUUGACUUUGAGGAAAGUAGUUCUUUUGAAAUAAGGGUGGAAGCUAAAGAUGGUUUAGGUCUUACCUCGUACGCUAAAGUUAUAAUAGAUGUCACUGAUGUGAAUGACAAUGCUCCAGUGAUAAACCUGAAAUCACUGACUAACCCCAUACCUGAGAACGUGUCACCUGGUACAGAGGUGGGCAUCAUUAACGUGCAGGAUAGAGACUCUGAGACUAACAGACAGGUCCGCUGCUCCAUUCAGCAGAAUGUCCCUUUUAAGUUGGUUCCUUCUAUUAAAAACUAUUAUUCUGUGGUGAGCACAGGACAACUGGACCGUGAACUAGUGUCUGAUUACAACAUUACAAUCACUGCCACUGACGAGGGCUCUCCACCUCUGUCCUCCUCUAAAACUGUUCAGUUAUCUGUAGCGGACAUCAACGACAACCCACCUGUGUUUGAGGAACAGUCGUACAGCGCAUAUGUGAGUGAAAAUAACAAACCUGGCUCCACUUUAUGUUCCGUUAGUGCUCGAGACCCCGACUGGAGACAGAACGGUACAGUGAUUUAUUCUCUGUUAUCCGGUGAGGUGAACGGUGCCCCGGUGUCCUCCUAUGUGUCUGUGAACGGAGACACGGGGGUGAUCCACGCUGUGAGGUCGUUUGAUUAUGAACAGUUCAGGAGCUUUAAGGUGCACGUGAUGGCCAGAGACAACGGUUCUCCUCCACUCAGCAGCAACGUGACCGUGAGUGUGUUCAUAUCGGAUAUGAAUGACAACUCUCCUCAGAUACUGUACCCCGCCCCUGAGGGCAACUCCUUCAUGACCGAGCUGGUCCCCAAAGCUGCACACGGAGGCUCUCUGGUGUCCAAAGUGAUAGCGGUGGACGCGGACUCCGGACAGAACGCCUGGCUGUCCUAUCAUAUAGUGAAAUCCACUGAUCCGGGACUUUUCACUAUUGGUGUCCACAGCGGAGAGAUCAGGACCCAGCGGGACAUUUCUGAGUCUGACAGCAUGAAACAGAACCUUAUUGUGUCAGUGAAAGAUAACGGACAGCCCUCUCUGUCUGCCACCUGUUCCAUGUAUUUACUGAUUUCUGAUAACUUGGCUGAGGUUCCAGAACUGAAGGACAUUUCUUAUGAUGAGAAGAACUCCAAACUAACCUCUUAUCUCAUCGUUGCGCUGGUGUGUGUGUCCACCUUUUUUCUGACCUUCAUCAUCAUCAUCAUGGGUGUGAGGUUUUGUCGCAGGAGAAAGCCCAGACUGUUGUUUGACGGAGCAGUCGCCAUCCCCAGCGCUUAUCUUCCUCCUAACUACGCUGAUGUUGACGGCACAGGGACUUUACGCAGCGCUUACAAUUAUGACGCCUACCUGACGACAGGGUCUCGAACCAGUGACUUUAAAUUUGUGUCAUCUUACAAUGACAACACAUUGCCUGCUGACCAGACUCUGAGGAAAAGUCCAACAGACUUUGCUGAAGUAUUUGGUUGUUCAGACGAAUCCCCAGAGGUAGGACCCAUGCAGUAAAUUAUGUUUUUUGAUAUUUUUUUAAUAUUCUCUUUUUAUUAUUUCUUACCCUUACAGUUGAUCAUAUACUGUCAUUCCAAUUUUACCAUGUCCUCAUCAGUACUGUUUUGGUAUGUCACAUUUGUUUAACAUCUUGUAGAAAGAUUUAUCUACAAAAGUGGUAAACAUCAUGUUUCAAUUGAAGUAAAUUCUUACACUUGUAAUCAGGCACCAUCUGCAAUGACCGUUGAAUAGUUGAAUUAAAAGGACAUUUGUUAUUGAAAUUAAGUUAAUUAUUGAUUCUAUGGGCCUUUUUUGCUCAAAGUUUAAGGUGUUUAAUUUUCUUAAUCUAAAACAAAUUCAUAAUUAUUUUCCUUGAUCUUUUUCAUUUACUCUCCACUUAAAAGUGUUGAUAAGUUAGCAAUAAGCAGCAGCAUUGUAGCACAAUCCAGAAGAAUGUCAACUUUUAACUAGGAAUUAAG